AUGUCAAUUGACUCUGCCAAAGUCUUGAAAACAGAGCCAUUGCAGGAUCCUGCGAAUGCGAAAUGGACAAAACUCAUCUUAUCAACAUACCGCGAUCCUCGGGGAAAAGUCCGCGAUUGGGAACAUGCGGAACGCGCUACUAGGCCAAAGUCUUCUGAGGUCGAUGGUGUAGGGAUUGUUGCUAUAAUACAGAAAGAAUCUGGCCCAGAAUUAGUAUUACAGAAGCAAUACCGACCCCCAUUAGAUAAAGUCGUGAUUGAAGUACCAGCCGGACUUGUCGAUGAUGGUGAAACUGCAGAGGAAGCAGCGAUAAGGGAAUUGAAAGAAGAGACAGGUUAUAUUGGAGUCUUGAGCGAGAGUUCACCCAUAAUGUUUAAUGAUCCUGGGUUUUGCAAUACUAAUUUAAAAAUGGUUCAUGUCACAAUCGAUAUGGCCGAUCAAAAGAACCAAAACCCAGUCCCCGAGCUCGAAGAAAAUGAAUUCAUAGAAGUCUUCACAUUACCACUGAAAGAUUUAUGGAAAGCAUGUAAGGAUUGGGAGGAAGAAGGAUAUGCGAUAGAUGCUAGAGUGGGAACUUUAGCUGAGGGCAUUGAAGUUGCUAGAACGUUAAAUUUAUUUCCAAAAUGA